CGUCACGUGUCCAGGAGGGGGCGGUCGCGGCCGCGCUGGGUUAGUUGUCAGUGUGUGUGUGGUGGCGGCCGGCGGUGGAGACUCAGAGUUCUACCUUGUAAAUACUGUUAUUUGUAUAUACUGUAAAUGAUGACAUCGGUGGGCACUAACCGAGCCCGGGGGAGCUGGGAACAGACACAGACGCAGAACCAGGCACAGCACAAGCAGCGGCCACAGGCCACUGCAGAGCAAAUUCGGCUUGCACAGAUGAUAUCGGACCACAACGACGCUGACUUCGAGGAGAAAGUGAAACAACUAAUUGACAUCACAGGCAAGAACCAGGAUGAGUGUGUCAUCGCUCUGCAUGACUGUAACGGGGACGUGAACAGAGCCAUUAAUGUGCUAUUGGAGGGGAAUCCGGAUACGCAUUCCUGGGAGAUGGUUGGCAAAAAGAAGGGUGUUUCGGGACAGAAGGACAGCGGGCAGACGGAACCCAGCGAAGAAGGCAAAGAGAACCGAGAGAGGGAGAGAGACUUCAGCCGACGACGCGGUGGAUUGCCGAGAAGGGGCCGGGGCACGAGCCGCGGGAGAGAGUUUCGGGGGCAGGAGAACGGACUGGAUGGUGGCAAGACCGGUGGAUCUUCUGGACGAGGCACAGAGAGAGGCCGACGGGGGCGCGGGCGAGGCAGAGGUGGCUCUGGAAGGCGGGGAGGAAGGUUCUCUGCCCAAGGCAUGGGAACUUUCAACCCAGCAGACUACGCAGAGCCCUCCAGCACGGAAGAAGGCUAUGGGAAUAGUAACAGCAACACGUGGAACAAUACUGGUAGCUUUGAGCCGGACGACGGGACGAGAGUUGAUUACAUUAGGGGUGAGGGGUCAAAUUAUCCCCGAAAAUUUGACACUGCUCCUGGUACGAGAAAUCCAGGCGCGUGGAGGACAGCGACGGAGGAGUGGGGGACUGAGGAUUGGAAUGAAGAUCUUUCAGAGACCAAGAUCUUCACUGCGUCCAACGUCUCUUCGGUGCCUCUGCCCGCGGAAAACGUGACCAUCACUGCUGGACAGAGAAUCGACCUUGCGGUGCUGUUGGGAAAGACCCCUUCUCUGGAGAACGAGUCUCCCAGCCUGGACUCCUCGCAGGCCCCGACAAUCAGCCAGCCCCUGGUGUUCAGCAAUUCCAAGCAGAGCACUAUAUCCCAGCCCGCUUCGGGGAACACCUUCUCUCACCACGGCAUGGUGAGCAUGCUGGGGAAGGGGUUCAGUGAUGUCGGCGAGGCGAAAGGCACCGCUGCCACCCCCACCACGGGCUCGCAGUUCCUCGAGCAGUUCAAGACGGCUCAGGCCUUGGCUCAGCUGGCGGCUCAGCACCCCCAGCCGACCGGGAGCAGCACCGCGGCCACCUCCUGGGAUAUCGGCGGCACCACCCAGUCCUCCUCGCUUGUGCAGUACGAUCUGAAGAACUCGUCGGAUUCCACAGUGCACAGCCCGUUCACCAAGCGCCAGGCCUUCCCACCCACCUCGACCAUGAUGGACGUGUUCCUGCAGGACAAGCCGCCUGUGGUGACGGCCUCCGUCGUGGCCCCGGCGCCCCCCUCGUCCCCCCUGGCUAGCAAAACCAACCCGGUUCCUCAGAUGUCCCCCGGCUCCUCGGACAACCAGUCCUCCAGCCCUCAGCCGGCCCAGCAGAAGUUGAAGCAGCAGAAAAAGAAGGCGUCCUUGACAUCAAAGAUUCCUGCUUUGGCGGUGGAAAUGCCUGGCUCCGCGGAUAUCUCGGGACUCAACUUGCAGUUCGGGGCAUUGCAGUUCGGUUCAGAGCCCGUCCUCUCGGAGUACGAACCUGCUCCGGCCACGAGUGCCUCCGUGAGCCAGCCUCCGAGCAGCCUGUACACAAGUACAGCAAGCGAGUCUCUGUCCACGAUUUCGUCCAACAAGACCCAGGAGUCUGGUUACCAGAGCAGCACCAUGCCUACAGCAACAUAUACCUCCCAGAACAGCGCUCAGGGACCACUGUACGAGCAGAGAUCCACCCAGACCCGGCGAUACCCGAACUCCAUCUCCUCCUCACCCCAGAAAGACUUGACCCAGGCCAAGAAUGGCUUCAGCUCGGUGCCGCCCACACAGUUGCAAACCACGCAGACAGCUGAAGGUUCCGCAGGCCCGGCAGUGAAAUCGGACUCCCCCUCUGCCCCCAGCAUCACGGCCCCUCUCAACGACACUGUCUCCGCCGCCUCCCUGCUCACGACGGCCACCCAGCAUUCCUCGGUGCUCAGCAGCCUGAACCACGCCGAGGAGCUCCCCAGCACGGCCACCACGCAACACAGCAGCAGCACGUUACCCACCCAGCAGAACAGCCUUUCCUCUUCCACUUCCUCUGGCCGCACGUCGACUUCGACUCUCCUGCACACCAGUGUCGAGAGCGAAGCCGGCCUCCACUCUUCCGCAAGCACUUUCUCCACCUCCUCCAGCACGGUUUCGGCUGCGCCCCCGGUGGUCAGCGCCCCCUCCAGUCUGAGCAGCGUCAGCAGCCUGGGGCUCAGCAGCAACUCCACGGUGACCGCCACCACCCGCAGCUCGGUGGCCACGACAUCAGGCAAAGCUCCUCCCAACUUGCCUCCUGGAGUGCCGCCGUUGCUGCCGAACCCGUACAUCAUGGCCCCGGGGCUGUUGCACGCCUAUCCGCCCCAGGUUUACGGCUAUGACGACCUGCAGAUGCUUCAGACGAGAUUUCCAUUGGACUACUACAGCAUCCCGUUCCCCACGCCAACUACCCCGCUGACUGGAAGGGACGCCAGCCUGAGCAGCAACCCUUAUUCUGGUGACCUCACGAAGUUCGGCCGAGGUGACGCCUCCUCCCCUGCGCCAGCGACCACCCUGGCGCAGCCCCAGCAGAACCAGACGCAGACGCACCACACCACCCAGCAGACCUUCCUGAACCCGGCCUUGCCCCCCGGCUACAGCUACACCAGCCUGCCGUACUACACCGGGGUCCCGGGGCUGCCCAGCACCUUCCAGUAUGGGCCUGCGGUGUUCCCCGUCGCGCCUACCUCUUCUAAGCAGCACAGCGUGAAUGUCGGCGUGAACGCCUCAGCCACUCCGUUUCAGCAGCCCAGUGGCUACGGCUCUCACGGAUACAGCACUGGUGUGUCGGUAACAUCCAGUAACACAGGCGUGCCGGAUAUCUCUGGCUCGGUCUACUCCAAAACACAGCAGUCCUUUGAGAAGCAGGGAUUUCACACCGGGACCCCGGCGGCCUCGUUCAACCUGCCGUCGGCGCUGGGCAGUGGCGGCCCCAUCAACCCUGCCACCGCUGCAGCGUACCCGCCCGCCCCGUUCAUGCACAUCCUGACGCCCCAUCAGCAGCCGCAUUCUCAGAUCUUGCAUCACCACCUGCAGCAGGAUGGGCAGCCGAUUCUGUACUUCCAGCGCCAGCAAGAAGACCAGAGCGCCACCGGCCAGCGCAGCCAGGGAAGUUCCAUCCCGCAGAAAUCGCAGGCGAACAAGUCCACCUACAACAGCUACAACUGGGGCGCCAACUGAAGGGGGCUCGGGGCGGCCCCGCACUUCAACCAAGAGACGAACGGACGGAAGUAGACGAUCGAUCGACAAGCGACCUAA